CGCCACUUCCGACGAGAACUGAAGAAGUUUGUGUAAUUUGGUCGGGAGUCGGACUGCCUGGCUAAAUCGUCCUCUAGAUAUGGGACAUAGCCAGUCAUGUUGUGCCUACUCCAGUCCCAAACAGAUCAGGAUCGGUCAACAGAAACGGAAAGAAGACAUCUACCAAUCUGCCCGGACAGAAGAGACCGGGGGUUCGAGUCACGCUGGUGCGGGGGCCGCGACUGGAUUGUCCAGUUCGGGACGACAUCACAGUCACAGUAAUUUACAACAUAUCAGUGAUAGAGAACCUGAAGAUAUUGAUGGCGAUCCAUCAAACAAUCCAACAACCAGAACCCUAUUUCUAACACGUUCCAAGACCAACUUCAAAAAUAAUAAAAUUCGCCGAAGAAGCCAGUACGAUCUUCAUCACCACAAUUCAGACUAUGGUCAGCUGAAGAAGUUCAGUUCCUGUUCUACAAUUUUUAUCGAUGAUUCAACUGUCAGCCAGCCCCAUCUGAAGAACACAAUCAAGGCGGUGGCACUGGCCAUUUACUUUCACAUUAAGAAUCGUGAUCGCAGUGGCCAAGGCAACAAUGGAGCUCGCUACUUAGAUAUCUUCGACGAGAAAUUACAUCCUUUGUCUAAAGAAGCUGUUCCCUCUGAUUAUGACAAAAGAGACCCAGAACACAAGACAAUUUAUCGGUUUGUGCGGACCCUUUUUACCGCUGCCCAGUUGACUGCUGAAUGUGCUAUAGUUACUUUGGUUUAUCUUGAGAGACUUUUGACAUAUGCUGAGAUGGAUAUCAGUCCCUCCAACUGGAAGAGAAUUGUUUUGGGUGCUAUAUUAUUGGCUUCCAAAGUCUGGGAUGACCAAGCUGUAUGGAAUGUGGAUUACUGCCAAAUAUUGAAAGAUAUUCAAGUGGAAGAAAUGAAUGAACUGGAAAGAUUGUUUCUAGAAAUGCUGCAGUUCAACAUCAAUGUACCAUCAAGUGUGUAUGCCAAGUAUUAUUUUGACCUCCGAGCCCUGGCAGAUGCGCAUGACCUUUCUUUCCCUUUGGAAGCACUAAGUAAGGAACGGGCCCUCAAGUUAGAGGCCAUGUCCAGUGUGUGUGAAGACAAAAUGAAAAUGUGGUUGAAGAAGGAUUUAAAGAGAUCUGCUAGUCUUGAUGGAUUAACAUCUUAUCAUACUUGUAGCAAGGCUAUAUUAUCUUGACACCGAAACACUAAAUGGAUUUAUGGACUUGUAGACAAAGAAACACCGCCAGUCUUUGGACCAGCAUUAUUUAUUGUCUUUUAUAAAUGGAUCGAACGUCUGGUGCUAGAAACUGGAUACCACUGUUACUACUGGCCCACUGUCCACUUUUAUUUUUGGUUAUUGGCGCUGUCUUUACAGGAACAGUCAGUGUUAAUGGGGUGGGAGGGGGUUGGUCUGAUAAUCACAUGUAAUGUGUUUCUUUGGUGUAGUGUUGGCACUACUGCUAUCAUUGUUAACAAGAACAACCGGCUUCUUCGUGGCUUACAUGAUGGCAUCAAAUACUAAUGAGCCGGACAAACUGGACAGGAAUUUCACUCAAGAAUCUGUGUAUGUUGUAAAGAGACAGAAGGCAAAUAUCGCUUGUGUGUGUGUGUGUGUGUGUGUGUGUGUGUGUGUGUGUGUGUGUGUGUGUGUGUGCAGUAUGGCUACUACAUAUCUUACAUCCAGCAUGUACCGACAUUCAUCCUUCUUAGUGGCUUUUGGAGGUAUCAGUUACGGUAAGACAGCAACAAAUGAUCUUUAUUGUGAUGUUACUCAGUUAAAUAAGUGUACACACCUGUGUAUGUGUAUAUGCACUCUGGUUUCACUGUGUGUGCAUGUGUGUAUAUGUAUAGACUGGACUUCCAAAAUGAAAUGUUGCUAUGUGUGGAUCAAAUAAUACAAUUGUCUUUUUUUUGA